AUGAGUUCAACUCCGAUUUGCUAUUCGAUCAAUCCAUCUCCAUCAAAGCACGAUUUCACGAGAACCCAUGUGCUCACUCCCCUCGCUAAACACUUACCAUCCUUCACCGGAAAAUUAAGUAACCGUCGGAGGAGUUUGGUCGGAGUAAAGGCGGCGACUUUAUCGUCGGAGGAGCAGAAGACAGCGACGGAGAGGAAGAAACCGAGGGUUCUGGUGGCGGGAGGUGGAAUCGGAGGACUGGUGUUUGCUCUGGCGGCGAAGAAGAAAGGGUUCGAUGUGUUGGUGUUCGAGAAGGAUCUGAGCGCUAUAAGAGGAGAAGGACAGUACAGAGGUCCGAUUCAGAUACAGAGCAACGCUUUGGCUGCUUUGGAAGCUAUUGAUGUCUCUGUUGCUGAAGAAGUUAUGGAAGCUGGCUGUAUCACCGGUGAUCGGAUCAACGGCCUCGUCGACGGUGUCUCUGGUACCUGGUAUGUGAAGUUUGAUACUUUCACACCUGCGGUGUCGAGGGGACUUCCUGUGACACGUGUGAUUAGCAGAAUGACUCUGCAGCAGAUCUUGGCACGUGCGGUUGGGGAAGAAGUGAUUAGAAACGAGAGUAAUGUUGUUGAUUUUAAAGACACUGGAGACAAGGUGAUUGUGAAGCUGGAGAAUGGACAACGCUAUGUAGGUGAUCUGCUUGUUGGUGCUGAUGGCAUUUGGUCUAAAGUGAGGACUAACUUGUUUGGUAGAAGUGACGCUACUUAUUCAGGAUACACUUGUUAUACCGGCAUUGCAGAUUUUGUACCAGCUGAUAUUGAGUCUGUUGGCUACCGAGUUUUCUUGGGAUACAAGCAAUACUUUGUUUCUUCUGACGUUGGUGGUGGAAAAAUGCAAUGGUAUGCGUUUCAUGAGGAGCCAGCUGGUGGUGUUGAUGCUCCCAAUGGUAUGAAGAAAAGGUUGUUUGAUAUAUUUGAAGGUUGGUGUGACAAUGUACUGGACUUGCUGCAUGCGACAGAGGAGGAAGCGAUUCUGAGAAGAGAUAUCUACGAUAGAACUCCUAGUUUCACUUGGGGUAAAGGGUGUGUUACGCUGCUUGGAGACUCUAUCCAUGCGAUGCAGCCAAACAUGGGACAAGGUGGAUGUAUGGCCAUUGAGGAUAGUUAUCAAUUAGCAUUGGAGCUUGAAGAAGCUUGGAAACAGAGUGUUGUAACUAAUAAACCUGUUGAUAUUGUUUCCUCUUUGAAAAGAUAUGAAGAAUCUAGAAGAGUAAGAGUGGCUAUCAUACAUGGAAUGGCGAGAAUGGCUGCGAUUAUGGCGUCUACUUACAAAGCUUACUUAGGUGUUGGGCUUGGUCCUCUCUCUUUCUUGGCCAAGUUAAGAAUACAACAUCCAGGAAUAAUUGGUGGAAGAUUCCUCAUGGACAUGACUAUGCCUUUGAUGCUUGACUGGGUCCUUGGUGGUAACAGUGAAAAACUUGAAGGAAGGUCACCUAGUUGCAGACUCACUGACAAAGCUGAUGACCGCCUUCGUCAGUGGUUUGAAGACGACGAGGCUCUUGAACGUACUAUAAACGGAGAGUGGUAUCUUAUUCCACAUGGCAGCAAGUGUAGCGUUUCGGAAACGUUAUGUCUAACCAAAGAUGAGGAUCAACCUUGCAUUAUCGGAAGUGAACCGGACCAAGAUGUUUCUGGAACCCACAUUAUGAUCCGUUCCCCUCAGGUAUCGAAGAUGCAUGCACGUGUAAUCUACAAAGAUGGAGCUUUUUUUUUAAUGGAUCUUCGAAGUGAACAUGGGACCUAUGUGACCGAUAACCAAGGAAGAAGAUAUAGGGUGACACCAAAGUUCCCUGCGCGGUUUAGACCAUCUGAUAUCAUCGAGUUUGGUUCAGACAAGAAGGCGGCGUUUAAGGUCAAGGUGAUCAGGUCAACUCCUAACUUGACCAGAAAGGAUGAGAAGAGCAACGGUAAAUUGCUUCAGGCAGCUUGACACUUAAGUUAAACCGACGGUGUGAAAUUAAAAUAUUUUAUCAGUGUAGCAGAUCAUUUGUGUAGUAAUUUUCACAUAGGCAAAAAAAAGAGACUGUUACUUGUAUUGCAAUGUAUAUAUAGGGCUGAACACAAAAGAUUACUCUUUUAUAUGCUUGUCUAACUAAUUAGUAUUUUAGUUACGAAUUUAUAUACAUAUAUACGUCUUUCACGA